GCUACCACCACCGUCGCCUCGCCAGUAUACCACGUUCCCCGGAGUCUGCCUCGUUAUCUUCAGAUCCUUUGGGGCUGAGAAGUUGUUCACCAUGUCUCGGUUUGUCCGCGCAUCGAAAUACCGCCAUGUCUUUGGGCAGCCGGGGAAGAAGGAGUAUUGCAUCGAGAAUCUCAAGGUGACGAAUAAUGCCUGGGACACCAACUUUGUAGCUGCAUCCGGGCAAUAUCUGAGUAUCAACUGGAAUGCCUCUGGCGGCGGCGCGUUCGCAAUCCUACCGCUACCCUCACCUUUUACGAACAUUCCUAGCGGCAUCCCCUCGAAGAUCCCGGACAUCAUCCCCCUCGCGCGGAGCCACACCGGGCCCGUACUCGACACAGACUGGUCCCCGUUUAAUGACAGCGUUGUCGCCAGCGCGGCCGACGAUGGCAAGGCGAUGAUCUGGAAGGUCGACGCGUCCGUAUUUGAUGGCUGGGGCACGGACGGUUGGGAGCCACGCGACUUUGACCCCGUCGCCCGCAUCGACGUCACGCCCCGCCGCGUCGGCCAGAUCCUCUUCCACCCGACCGCGGAACACGUGCUUGCGACCGCGACGGGCGAACACACUGUCAAGCUCUGGGAUCUUGGGAGCCCUGAGAGCGCAAAAUCGAUCUUAACUGGACACGGCGAUAGCAUUCAGAGCUUCGCAUUCAACCCGGCUGGAAAUCUCAUCGUCACGACCUGCAGAGACCGCAAAAUUAGGCUGUUUGAUGCACGGGCCGGCGGAGAGGCUGUUCGCAUUACUGAGGGACAUGGUGGUGUUAAGGGUGCGCGAGUCGUCUGGAUGGGCGAGCAUGACCGCAUCGCAACGACUGGUUUCAGCAAAAUGAGCGACCGCCAGGUCGGCAUCUGGGACGCCGGCAGUCUGAGCAACGUCAAGAUGACGUCCAUUGACCAGAGUGCUGGAGUGCUAAUGCCGUUCUGGACUGACAACAACAUUCUAUUCCUUGCGGGCAAGGGCGACGGCAACAUUCGCUACUAUGAGUACGAGGGCGAGAGUGAUACGCUUUACCCGCUUGCGGAACACAAAUCGACCGACCCGCAGCGUGGCAUGUGUUUCUUGCCGCGCCGUGCGCUCAAUGUCAACGAUUGCGAGAUUGCUCGCGCGUAUAAGAUCGCCGGAAACACCGUCGAGCCCAUUGCAUUCAUUGUGCCACGAAAGUCGGACUCCUUCCAAGCCGAUAUCUACCCUCCGGCCCCUUCAUCCGAGCCUGCGCUGACCGCGGGCGAGUUUUUCUCGGGGAAGAUCGCUCCACCCAAGCUUGUCAGCCUCGACACCGGUGCCAUCACUACCGGUGCUGCUCCCUCUGCUAUCCCUACAUCCGCUCCCGCGGCCACACCCGCCCCGACGAGGACUUCCAGCGCACCCGCGCCUGCUCCUGAGUCGUCACCUGUAGUACGAACGCCGUUGGUGCUGUCCCCCGUCGAGCCGCCGUCGCGUACCGUCUCUAUCGCACCUGUCGACAAUGAGAGCGCCGCACUCAAGGAGGAGAACGCUCGCCUGACGGCAGAGCUUCGGGAGGCGCGCGAAAAGAUCAGGAACCUAGAGCUUCAGGUCGAGAGUGUGCGUGCCAACGCGCGCAAAGCUGCUGCAUUGCUCGAACAGUAAAUCAAGUUGGAAACACCGAAGAGAAGUAUAGAAGUAUUUAUGUAGCGUAACGUGUAUAUCAUGACUGAAAUAUUGAAAUCUCG